AGCGGCCUCGCUGCCGCCAGGGGUCGCGGCAGUGCCUGGGGCGGGGCGGAGGAGCGCCAAGAUGGCGGCCGCGCGGUGGCUCGGGGCGGCAGCGGGGCUGGGCGGCCGGUUUUGUCAUACAGUAUUAAAAGAUCGUAAUUUGGCAACUAAACAGCCUUUCCACCAACUUGCACAGAAGAAGUCAUUUCUUCCAUCUGCAGUAUUGCAUAAUACAGUAAGAUGCAUGUUUAUUCAAACUCAGGACACACCAAAUCCAAAUAGUUUGAAGUUUAUUCCAGGCAAAGAAGUACUGGAGUCAAGGACUAUGGAGUUUUCCACACCUGCUGCAGCAUUUUGCUCACCUUUAGCAAGGCAGCUAUUCAGAAUUGAAGGAGUUAAAAGUGUUUUCUUUGGGCCAGACUUCAUCACAAUCACCAAGGAGAGUGAGGACCUGGAUUGGAACUUGCUGAAACCAGAUAUUUAUGCAACUAUAAUGGAUUUCUUUGCCUCUGGUUUACCUGUAGUUACUGAAGAGGCGCCUAGGACAGAUACAGCUCCAUCAGAAGAAGAUGAUGAAGUAGUAUUAAUGAUUAAAGAACUGCUGGAUACAAGAAUAAGGCCAACAGUGCAAGAAGAUGGUGGCGAUGUUAUUUAUAAAGGCUUUGAGGAUGGGAUUGUGCAGCUGAAGUUGCAGGGUUCAUGCACCAGCUGUCCCAGUUCCAUCAUCACCCUGAAGAAUGGGAUACAGAACAUGCUCCAGUUCUACAUCCCCGAAGUAGAAGGCGUGGAACAGGUUGUUGAUGAUGAUGAUGACGCGGAGAAAGAAGCUAAUUCUACUUAAGCUAGCAUCAUCUAUGGCCAAAUAAGUAUUUAUUUCUCAUGGUAUGUAAAUCAGCCUUGUGCUGAGAAACAACCAAAUUUGACUUUCUUGCCAGAAAAAUAGUUGUACUUCUGUCUGUGAAAAUGUCUCCUCAGUUUAAGCAGUUUAUCCACUAAUUUAUUAAAUGCCCUGCAUUGAAAUGGCAGGCUUCUAAAAAUGGUGAUGUGUCUCUUCAUUGUUCUUCCGUACAAAAAAUUGAAGAUUUAAAAAAAAAAGAGGGGGCAGAAGUAAAGUUUCUUGACUUUUUUUAUGCAAUAGAAAUAUUAAAUAUUUUUUCCAUUGCUGUAUAAAUGGGAGAUUCAGGAAUGUUAAUUUUAUCAAGUCUUAAUAAAAUGCUUUUUAUUUAUGUCAGUUUUGUGUGAAAAGUAACCCAUAACUUCAACUGUUAAUUUUAGAGGGUGCAAUAUUGCCAUCAUUUGUGAAAGUUAUCUACUUGUUUGCUACCACUGCACAAGUAAUAGCAACAGAAACAAAGUGAAUUGUUUGUUUUAAAAAACAUAUAUUUUUAAAUAAAUGUUAAAAAAUGAUCCUUAUCAACUUCAGUAAGUAGCAAGACUAAUUAGCUUACUUAGAAGUAAAAUUGUUCAGCCACCAUUAGUGGUCUGUUUAAACUUGCAAAAGAUGAUCUCUCUACAUAAUACUCCUACAUCAAGAUGAAUGUGCAAUGCUUAAGGGCACAAAUUACAUUUGUAGGAUAGCAAAGAAAAUGAAUGUGUUUACCUAUGCAAUAUCCUGUUCCUUCUACAGUGCCAAAGAGUGCAGCUUAUGUGUAACUUGGCUGCCCUGGCUGAGUGCGGGGAGGACGUGGCAGAGCAGAACACGCUCCAGUUUAGAGACUAUGGGAAGAGAAAUAUUUAUUGUUCUGAAAUUGAAAUACGUAAAUCAGGCUUUGCAAGUACUUCUGUUUAUUUCUUGUGCGUGUAGGACUUAAUUUCUUCCUGGUGCCUAGCGUUAGCAGAUGGCUUGCCUAAUGGAGAUAGUAUUUCUUCUUUGUGCUGCUACAGUUGAGCUGAGUUUGUGGUCAUUAUUUGGCUUAUGAUUAUAGUAGUGUUCCCUGCGUGCAAGGAUUUGACAGCCUCUGGUAUAUUUCCUGUUCCCCUCCUUGCCAGUGUAAUUCCACUGAGUCCCUUAAAUGGGAUCAAUUAAGUCAGUGGAGAAUCUUAUAUGGCAUGCCAGAUCAGCAUGUGGUAACAAUAAACUUCGUAUUACUUGUUGGAAAUUUGAAAAUAAAUAUUUUAGCAAAAUAUUUCUUUAGCUUUCAUGUAGAGUAAUGACCUACUGUCAUUUAAAUUACCCACUCCGGAUUUAGAAAUUGGUUUGAAAUUACUAUGUUUUCUUCAACUCCACUACAAAGUACACAGUGCCAGAUCUUACAAGUUAUAUCAGUGACAAAAUCCCCCUUGAGGUAGGCUCAUACUAUCCAAGAGAGCUUAUGCAAACUUUAUCACCAUGUUCAUCAGCAAAGCACAGAACGGCAAGUAAUGUUUCUCGUUUCUCAAAAACAGAGCUUUUUUAGGUCUAAUUUGCCAAUUCAAUGCAUUAUAUAUGUCAGAACAUAAGCAGCAAAGUAGCUGAUUUGUGUGUUAAAUAAAAAUGUAUCUCUUCA